UGAACAUUCUAUCAAAUAAUUUUCCCAUAUCUUUCAGAACAAUUCAGUUCAUUCUUCGAGCUUACGCUGGAAAACCAGAGUCUGGAAGAAGAGCUCGUCCUGCUCUUAUUCACUUGAGAAGACUUACACCCUUUGGUGUGAGAACGACCAAGGCAACAACCUAAACUCAUCAAGAUAGCAUCAAGCAUUUCAAUAAACCAGCCAUGAAUCUUGCAAAACCCUUUCGUUCCCUGAUUCAUCACCAUGCUUCUAACAUCAGUCGUCGGAAGCUACAUCUAGCACCUCCCUUUCUUCUCGACGACUACAUCCCGCGUUAUCACCAACUUUCUUCUAUCGAUGCAUCCAAGAACCGCUCAGCAGCGUAUGCGCAUCUCCGCAAUUGUAAUCUUUGCCCUCGGCUCUGUGGAGUAAAUCGUUAUGAGAAGACUGGCGCGUGUCUCAUUGGGGCGGAGACGGUCAAGGUGAACGUUAUUGCUCCCCAUUUUGGCGAAGGUGAGUAGGUAGCCAUAUGUAAGAGGUCAAGUUAUUCCUCCGGACUAUUUGAAAAAGGAAUGAGUCGGUAUGGAAUAGUACCUGUAUAUAUUUGAUAUGAAUUCGGACUGAGCGAAGUGUUCGAUAAGCGCUGUAUGGCGAACAGUUCAGCACUAAUAAAUCCUCAACAGAACCCUGCAUCCAAGGCCACAAUGGCAGCGGCUCCGUCUUCUUCUCUGGCUGCAACCUCCGCUGUGUAUUCUGUCAAAACCACGAUAUCGCACACAAGAGAAACGGGCAAGAUCUCAACCCAGAAGAGCUAGGCGAAUGGUACAUCAAAUUGCAAAACAUGGGCCAAGUCCACAACAUCAAUCUAAUCACACCAGAACACGUUGUCCCCCAAGUAGUUCUUAGUAUCCUCCAUGCUCGCGAGCUAGGCCUCAAUGUCCCGAUUAUCUACAACACCUCCGCAUUCGAUUCCUUGGAUUCAAUUGAGUUGCUGGAUGGAUUGGUAGAUAUCUAUCUCCCUGAUUUCAAAGUCUGGAAAGAUACUACUUCCUCGAGGUUGUUGAAAGUUCCUAAGUAUACCGAGACUGCGAUGGAGAGUAUCAAAGCGAUGCAAGCUCAAGUAGGAGACCUCUGUUUUACCCCUGAUGGCAUUGCUAAGAAGGGGUUACUCGUCCGACACCUCGUCAUGCCGGGGUAUGAGAGCGAAGGCGAGGAAAUCAUGAGAUGGAUGGCCGGUAACGUUUCGAGGGAUCUUUUUGUUAAUAUCAUGGAACAGUAUCAUCCGGAUGCUCAUGUGGGGAAGCCUAAAAGACCGCGGUGAGUUGCAAUGGCAGAUUCAACGUCUACGCAGGACAGGGCUGGUGCAGGUGAGCAAACUAGAUAUGAGGAGAUUAAUCGACAUGUGUCUAGGGAGGAAGUUUCAGCGGUGCGACUUGCGGCUGAGGAGGCGGGAUUGUGGAGGUUUUGUGACACUCCAAAGCAUGAUGGGUUUGCGAUUUGAGUAGCUAUGCCAGUUUACUUCCUUUCGCAAGGUACUGUCCCAAUCCUAGUGGCUCGC